UCAUUUACUCAUUAUUUCUUUCUUUCUUUCAUUCUUUCUAUUUUAGCAUGAGACGUUUGCUGGAAAAAUAUUAAAAAAUUACAGAAUAUAUUUUGAAAAUAUUAUCAUUGAAGCAUGACGACACAAACGUUAAAAUUGUGGGAUUUGUAACACUAGCUUAUAAUGCUAUGGUUAGGUAUAAUUUAUAUGUUUCAGACAUGCCUAACAAGUUAAAUCACGUAGAUAACAUUUGCACAAUACACCAUAUCCAGAAAGGAGUUGGAUUAAGCAAAAUGUAUAUUUAAUCCUACACCUUCUCAACAUCUAUUACUACUGAUUUAUUAACACCAGAACUUUUACAUGUUUAAAUUUAGUUCACUUCUUGGUGAAAGAAAGAAAGAUGUUGAAACAUUUUUAAAUAGAAUAGAAUAGAAUACAAUAGAAAGUACUUUAUUGAUCCCUGGGGGAAAUUCAGCACCACAGUUCGCUCACAAUAGACAAUAAAUACUAUACAGCAUUAUUCACAUGUGAAUAAUAUAAAUAUAUUAUACAUAAAUUCUACAUUUAAGUGCAGUCAAGAAGGAACAUAUGUAUUAUACAGUCUGAUGGCUGUCGGUAUGAAUGAAAUCUCAAGUUAUUAAAAAAAAUAAUGAUUGUCCUAGUUAAGGCUGAAACGACGCGUCGACGUAGUCGACGUCAUCGGUUACGUAAAUACGUCGACGUCAUUUUUGUGCGUCGGCGCGUCGCAUAUUUACGUCACACAACUGUCAUGGCGGAGCGCAGAGCAAACGAUGCGAGCGAGGGGAAAAAAACACGCCAAAAGUCGUCAAAAGUGUGGGAGUAUUUUAAUAAACGGCCUAAUAAUGUUGUUUUAUGCACACUGUGUCGAGCGGAAAUGGCGUAUCACAGCAGCACAACGGCUAUGAACGAGCAUCUAAAAAGAAAACAUCCGACAGCGUUCUUCCCAUCACCAUCAACGAGUCAAUCAUCCGCCAAACGACAAAGCAGUGUCCAGGAUUUUUUUCCAAAGAGGCAUGGGACUGAAUGCACACCCCAAGUGGCCGCUGACCUGACUGAUGGUGUCCUGGAAAUGAUGGUCAUAGACAUGAGGCCAUUAAAUAUGGUAGAAGGGGAAGGGUUUCAAAAAAUGAUCAAACGGUUUCACUCUGGCUACACACUACCAUCAAGAACCCACUUCACUAAGCUUAUGGAGCAAAAAUACACAAAGAAAAUGAAUGAAGUCAAAGCAAUCCUGAAAAAUGUGAAAGGAAAACUGACACUCACAACUGAUGCAUGGACAAGUAUGGCCACUGAAGCUUACCUUGGUGUCACCAUUCACUUUGUUAAUGAUGAGUGGGAGCUUGCCUCAAUUAACUUGACAACAAUGCCCCUCAAUGAAAAGCACACUGCAGAAAACAUUGCCUCUUGGAUUGAGGAUGUUGUCAAUAAGUUUGAAAUAAACAUACAACUAGUACAAGUCAUUGUACAUGACAAUGCUGCAAAUGUUGUUGCAGCUUUAAGAGUUCUUGAGGAAAGACAUGGUGUUUCAUCCCUCGGAUGUGUUGGCCAUACUCUACAGCUUGUAGUUAACCAUGCUCUAAAGGACAACCACAUCAGCAGAGCUUUAGGAGCAGCAAGAAGUUUGGUCGAGCACUUCAGAAAAAGUGAGCUAUCCAGUACAAAACUAAAGGUUAAGCAAAAACAAAUGGGUUCUCCAGACCACAGCCUCAUACAAGAUGUGUCUGUGAGAUGGAACAGUUCCUUUUACAUGAUUAGUCGCCUGCUUGAGCAGAGGUGGCCAAUAACAGCAACUCUGUCAGAUCCGGAGGUCACUCAAAGAGGGAAGCAUUUUCUGGAUCUUAAGGCUGACCAGUGGAGCUUGCUUGAAGAACUUGAACAAGUUCUGAAACCUUUUGAAUGUGCAACUGUGUACCUGAGUGGAGAAUCUUAUGUAACAGUUUCCGCUGUCCCUCUGCUGGUCAAAGGGCUUCGGAAGGCUACACAAACUGCUUUUGAAAAUGCAUCAAUCAAGUGUUUCCAGGUCACUGCUGCACGUGAGAUAACAUCCAGGUGGGAAGCCGAGACCACAUUCAAAGAUGAUGGACCAAAUGUGUGCAUAUUAGCAGCUGCACUUGACCCACGAUUCAGGAAGCUGAAAUUCCUGACUGCAGAUGAGUGUUUAAAAGUUCAAUACAAGCUGCAUGCAAUAGUUCUGGAGGAGAAAAGAAGGGAAAAGGACACACGCUCAACAGGGCACAGCAAUGCAAGUGGAAAGACCAGAUGCUGACAGGCGGCCUGUAUCUUUACUAGACACACUUCUUGGCUCAGAUUCAGAUGAACUCAGCAACAAUGAGGAAGACAACAAUGACAGUAAUGAUGCUGAAAUGGUCAGAAACGAGUUAGUGUCUUAUUUUGGAGAAUCCCCCAUUUCCAAGGAUGAAAACCCAUUAAAAUGGUGGAAAGAACAUCAGGCAAGGUUUCCAAAUCUGGCAAUGCUGGCUCGGUCUUACCUCUCAGUUCCAGCCACAUUGACCCCUUCUGAGCGCCUAUUUUCAGCUGCUGGGAAUAUUGUAAACAAGAAAAGAACCAGCCUCACCCCAGAGCAUGUAGACAUGCUAACCUUUCUUCAUUACAACUGUUAGUCACUCACUGGAAUGAGUAGAAUUGGUUAUAGUGUACUGUGUUGGACUGGAUGUUUAUUUUGCACAUUUUAAAAGCAAUACUUAAUGUUUACAGUGCUCCAGAAUAUUUAGAUUGGCACAAAUGUUUACAGUGUUACAGAAUGUUUUGCCAUGUUUUCAAUGUUGACUGAGUGGCCAUACUUUUUUUUUUUGUAAAUAAAAGCCAUGCCUUUUGAAAAAACUGGCCUAAAUUUAUUUUUUUCAUCUUAAUUU